AUGCCUUCUGCAUUGAGAUUUGGUAUUAAUAGUCGCUAUGGUGAUAGGCUAUUUGAGGACUAAUUCAGUUUGAGUAGGGCAAUUGCUAUUUUUGGAUCUGGUGGAUUUGGAUUACUAACCCUAUUUCUGAUUCUGUUAUGUCAUUUUAAUCCCAAGGGGAAAGUCUAAAAUGAAUUGCACAUCAUAAUAGGAUUUUAUCUUUUUUGUGGAUUGUUCACCUGUUGCAGUAUAACGGCUGAACUGGUUAAUGGUGUUUAGAGCAUCUACUUGGUGGAUUUGGUGGUUCUCAAAAUCUCGAAUGUGUUUUUGGAUGUGCUCAUAUACCCUUUUGUGAAAUUUGGCGAGGUUAAAUUGGAGAACAAAAUGGAACACUUCUAGAAUUGCAACGAGAGACAGGUUGAGAGCGGUGGAAUUCAGACGAAGGAAAGUUAGAGUGAAUUGGAUAGUGCUCUGAAGAUUAGGGGAGAGAAGCGAAAUGUGGCUAGGAAGGAGGAGGAACCGGUUACUAACAGGUGGAUUCGAUGUCUCUUGGAAAUUUAUUGA